ACGGAAGUACCCGAUGUCGGUCGCCCCACUUUAAAAAUCGGGGCCGUGGGUGACUCCCGGGACUUUACUUUCUUUACUUUCUUUACCUUCUUUACCUUCACCUCUUCUCCCUUUACCACCAACAUGGAGCAUAUUCGCCAGACAUUUGCUCAAUGCAAGACUGAGGGCCGUCCGGCCCUAGUCACCUAUGUGACAGCCGGUUUCCCUCGCGUCGAAGAGACUCGGGAUAUCUUACUCGGCAUGCAAGCUGGAGGGUCUGACAUUAUUGAGCUCGGGUUACCUUUCACUGACCCCAUUGCGGAUGGCCCAACUAUUCAAAAAUCUAACCUCAAGGCGCUGGAGAAUGGAGUCACCAUUGCCUCCAUGCUGGAGAUGGUCCGUGAUGCUCGCCAACAUGGUCUCAAAACACCCGUGCUUUUCAUGGGCUACUACAAUCCCAUUCUCCGCUACGGAGAAUCUAAAUUGAUGGCAGAUUGCAAGGAAGUAGGCGUCAACGGCUUCAUCGUUGUCGACCUCCCCCUGAAAGAGGCAAUUCGCUUCCGUGAGGGCUGCACCAAGACUGGACUUUCUUACGUCCCACUGAUCGCACCAUCAACCACCGAGGAGCGUAUGAAAACUCUCUGUCAGAUGGCUGACUCUUUCAUCUACCUUGUGUCGCGCAUGGGCGUGACUGGCGCCACUGGAACUCUCAACUCAGAGCUCCCAACCCUCAUUCAGAAAGUCAAAGACCUCUCUGGAAAUGUACCUGUGGCAGUAGGCUUCGGUAUCAGCACGCGCGAGCAUUUCCUCAGUGUGACCUCCAUCGCUGAUGGCGCCGUGAUCGGCAGUCAAGCUAUCACUGUCCUUAGCGAUGCUCCAGCUGGACAAGCUGGAAAGACCAUCGAAGAAUAUUGCUCACAAAUUACGGAACGAAAAGUUGCACGAGACUCUUCGCCUGCCACAGCCCAGGUUCCUAAAGCCACCGAGACCGACUCGACGCCCGAGGAGGAAACCGACUUGGCCGAUGGACAGGGUCGAUUUGGCACUUUCGGUGGCCAGUAUGCUCCUGAGGCUCUGAUAACCUGCCUGGAUGAACUCAAUGCCGGCUUCGAGGCCGCCCUCAACGAUCCCAAGUUCUGGGAAGAAUACAAGAGCUACUAUCCCUACAUGGGUCGUCCAUCCAGCCUUCACCUUGCCCAGCGGCUCACCGAACACGCAGGCGGUGCCAAUAUCUGGCUCAAGCGUGAAGAUUUGAACCACACGGGCUCUCACAAGAUCAACAAUGCCCUUGGUCAAAUACUCAUCGCCCGCCGCCUCGGAAAGACAGAGAUCAUUGCCGAAACAGGGGCAGGCCAACAUGGCGUGGCAACGGCUACCGUUUGUGCCAAAUUUGGGAUGAAAUGUGUCAUCUACAUGGGCGCAGAGGAUGUUCGUCGACAGGCAUUAAACGUCUUCCGUAUUCGCUUGCUCGGUGCUACCGUAAUUCCAGUUGAAUCAGGCUCGCGAACCCUUCGCGACGCAGUCAACGAAGCAUUCCGUGCAUGGAUCACCCGUCUUGAUACUACACACUACAUCAUCGGCUCAUCAAUUGGACCUCACCCCUUCCCGACCAUGGUUCGCAUAUUCCAGAGUGUAAUCGGCGAAGAAACCAAGUCUCAACUGAAGGCACUCGGCAAAAGCCCCGACGCCGUGGUCGCCUGUGUUGGAGGCGGCUCAAACUCCACCGGAAUGUUCUAUCCAUUCUCCAAAGAUCCCUCUGUCCAGUUAAUCGGCGUCGAAGCCAGUGGAGAUGGACUGGACACGGAGCGACACUCAGCCACGCUGGGCGGUGGAUCCGUUGGAGUUCUCCAUGGCGUUCGCACCUACGUCCUCCAAGAUGAACAUGGUCAAAUUUCCAACACCCAUUCUAUUUCCGCUGGCCUUGAUUACCCAGGCGUUGGACCGGAGCUUGCGAAUUGGAAGGAAAGUGGUCGCGCUACUUUCACCUCCGCCACCGAUGCGCAGGCCUUCGAGGGAUUCCGCUUGCUCAGUCAGCUCGAGGGCAUCAUUCCUGCGCUUGAAACUUCCCACGCGGUGUGGGGUGCCAUCGAGGCCGCCAAGAAAUUGGGUCCUGGUAAGGACCUGGUCAUUUGCUUGAGUGGUCGUGGAGAUAAAGAUGUGCAGACCAUCGCGGACGAGCUGCCUAAUAUUGGGCCCUCGAUCGGUUGGGACUUGCGUUUUUGA